CCUAACACUCUGUUUUUAGGCUUUUAGCCCUUUCCUUCUUCCUCUCCUCUUUUCCUCGGUAAAUUCUCAGAAGAAGGAUCCCCCACGGAUAUUCGGGUUCUUCCUUUUUCUUUCUGGAGCCUUUUUUUCUCGACAAGGUUCGGCCUCUGUUUCAUGAAUCUCGUAGUACGAGUUGGUGAAAGGUUUGGCCGUGAUGGCGACGUUCUUUCGUGCCUCGUCGCCUUCGUGCCCAAGGCAUUGCUCAAGAUGGGCGAGGGAGAGCAUGAAAUAUUGCCUGUGCAGUGUGAGAGAUGGACUGUCUCUGAGUCUAGGUUUCAUCAGUGUCAUCAGUUGGGGCGUGGCUGAAAUCCCACAGAUCAUCACUAAUUACAGGGAGAAAUCCACUGAGGGCCUUUCUAUUGCUUUCUUGACGACAUGGAUGCUCGGGGAUCUCUUCAACGUUUUCGGCUGCUUGAUGGAGCCUGCUACACUUCCAACACAAUUCUACACGGCAUUGUUGUAUACUGUGACCACAGCUGUUCUUUUUGCCCAAGCUAUAUACUAUGGCCAUAUCUACCCUGGACUUAAGAACAGGAAGGACCAAGUGGUGUCACACCAAAAGCAAAUGGGGGCAGCUCGUAAAUCCGACACAGGUAGCAAUGAAGGGAAAAUUGCUGAGAGGUGGAGGAUUGGAGUUGAUAGUCCUUGUGGAAGUCCGAGCUCACCUAUCCCUUUUCCUAGGGCUCGUCGGAAUAAUUCUGCUGGAAGAGAAUUAUAUUACACAUCGGCAAGAUCUCUGUCCAGUAGUCAUACGCCACCGGCUGGAUCCUUCUUAACCCAGAGAAUGACUCCUCCUACUCGCCAUGGUUCUUCACUUGAAGAACCCUUGCUACGUGCUCAAACUUCCCCGCUGCCUGCAUCUCCUCCUGCAACCAAAAUGAUGUUAUGCUUGGUCUCUGUGUUCAUGUUUAUUGGGACAGUAAGUCUUCCUGGUUUACUCGACGAAUCAAGAAACAUGACCUCGGGAGAGAGGAACCGAGUAUUUGUGGUGCGAGGCAUGAGAAAGCUUUUGCAGAUUUCUAGCAGUAGCUUGGGAGAGAACCAUAGCGGAGAAAGCGGUGGAAUCGGAAUGCUUAUGGGUUGGGCCAUGGCAGCCACUUACAUGGGUGGAAGGCUUCCUCAGAUCUGUCUAAAUAUGAGGAGAGGGAAUGUCGAGGGUCUGAAUCCAUUGAUGUUUCUCUUCGCAUUAGUUGGCAACUCCACCUACGUUGCAAGCAUACUCGUGAACAGUAUGGAAUGGUCGAAAAUCGGGCCAAAUCUGCCAUGGCUCGUCGAUGCAGGAGGAUGCGUGAUUCUCGACACUCUUAUACUGCUUCAGUUCAUCUACUUCCAGUAUCGAUCUGGUUCAAACCUCGAUCCAGAAGAGAAGCACGAAUCAGCAGAUGCGGUAUAGGCUGGCGGAAUGCUUUUUCCCCAUUCUACAAUGUCUCUUGUGUUCGUUUCAUUUGCUUCGGACAUGAAAGGCUUAAAAGAGUUUGCUCCUCAGAAGCUGGAGAAGUUUACUCCAUCUGCAGAAGACAAGACAGAUUCGGCGGUUUUGACUUGACACCGACAAGUUCUUUUAACUCGCGAAGAUUUGUUUUUUUUUCUUUUUUUUUUUUUUGUUCUUCUCUUUCUUGAUUUCUCUUCGUUAAUGGCUUUUCUUCAUGGUUCGAUUUUCAUCUAAACCUUUGUCAUUUUCGAUCUUGAUUAAUAAAGAUUUUGUGGUUUUUUUCGA